AUGAAUAAUCAAAAUGCCGUGGCCGCACUGCUGCAGGAGUGCAAGCAAGCUCUGGACACGCUCCUGUCGGCACAGGCUGACACGAGCGAGGAAGACGAGCGAGAAUACCGGCGGUGCCAAGCUUUGCUUCCUGAGGACUUGAGGACCCUUCUGGAGGAGGCAAAGGAAAUGAAGUGGCCCUUUGUGCCGGAGAAGUGGCAAUACAAACAAGACCUCGGCCCAGAAGACAAAACAAACCUGCAAGAUAUGAUCAGCGUGAGGCUCCCCGAUUUGCUGGUUUAUUUGAAAGCCUCCAUCAUGGUCAAGGACUGCGUCACUGCCGCUGCUAUUGUGUUCCUGAUUGACCGGUUCCUGUAUUGGAUUGAUGCCUCCAGCAAACUUCUUCGGAUCGCCAAGGGGCUGCACAGGCUCCAGCCCACCACCCCCAUCGGUCCUCAGGUGCUCAUCCGGCAGGCUCGCCUCUCCGUCAAUGCAGGUAAACUUUUAAAAGCUGAGUAUAUCCUAAGCAACCUUAUUAAUGACAAUGGAGCAACAGGUACCUGGCGAUAUGCUAAGGAAAGCGAUAGGAUUCUCGUUCAGUCAGUCUGCUUACAAAUCAGAGGACAGAUUCUGCAAAAGCUUGGGAUGUGGUAUGAAGCAGCAGAGUUGAUUUGGGCUUCAGUUGUGGGAUAUUUCAAACUCCCUCAACCAGACAAAAAGGGAAUUGCUACUUCCUUGGGUAUUAUGGCAGACAUCUUUGCUUCCAUGAAUGAGAAGGAUUAUGUACGUUUUAAAACCAAUGCUGAGAUUGACCUGAGCCUUCUCGGAGAGUUCAGUCAUCGCUUAUUAUCAGCCGCGGAGGCCUGCAAACUAGCGGCAGCCUAUAGCCAGUACACCCCGCUGUUUGUCCUGACAGCCGUGAAUAUCCGUGGGGUGUGUUUGCUGUCCUAUAGUCACUCCAAGGACUGUCCCCCAGAAAAGAGAAAAUUCUACUUGUCCGAAGCCAAAGAAUCCUUUGAGAUUGGCCUACUCACCAAGAAUGAUAACAGUCCCAUCACCAGCAAGCAGGAGCUCCAUAGUUUUAUUAAAGCGGCUUUCUGCCUCGCAACCGUGCAUCGGUGGCUCUAUGGGGAGAGUGAGAAACUCCGUGAGGUGUGUCAACUAUGUAAAGAAGCCGUGGGAAAACUGCAUUCCUACAGCGCUUCAUUUACAGAAGAGGAAGAGAAAGGAAUGCUUGCCAAAGAGAUCAUGUCUCUGAUCACAUCUGUGAAGAAGCGCUUGCGAGUGGAAAGCUUUCCUAAUUCCGAUGCUAGGUCUUACGUUCCAGACAGUUAUAAAGGCACAGUGGGAAAACCUAUCCUGCGACGGGAAGUCAACUUUGAGAAAAUCCUAGCCAUGCAUUCUCAGCAUCAUCUGUCAGUGUGCAAAGUGUUUGAAAAUACUUGCAGGAUUCAUAAAACCGCACCAGGAGAAACCCAAGCGGGAGCUUGUAUCACAACCUUAAGAACAGAGACCAAAAACAUAGACAGUGUGUGUACUACUGAAGAAAUAGCGUACCAGAGGAAAGGUGCUGCGAAAACCCUGCGUUCACCAACAGCAGGAAGUGGCUCAGAGAGACUCAGUGGCCAAAGAAAUAAAUAUAUCGGUUCUGAUGUCAAGCAAAUUUCCUUCAAUGAAGAGAUUGAGCCAUUAGAAAUAGAAAAAAGUUAUGAAAACAGUGUUUUCAGCAGAUGGCAAAAGAGGAGUCAAACCACGACGUCAGACAGCUCUUGGUGCAAGCUGUCAAAAUCAAGUUACUCUUCCAGCUGGGAGGAGCUGAGCAGCAAAGAGUCUCCCAGGGAUGGGCAGCGGCAGGAAAAGGGCUCAGCGGAGGAGCAGUGUUGCACAACAGAAUCUGAUGAAAAUGGUCAAGCUGCAUACUUGGGCUCGCCACCCCCCAGAGUCUGGCCGCCAUCUCCUCGAGAGCCUCUGCAGAGCUGUGGGGCAUCUCCACAGCCUUCCUUAGAGGUAGCUGGGAGGCUGGGAGAGAAGGCAUCUCUUUGUGGAGAAGAGCUACGGGAGGGAAGACACUGUGGGAAGAGCUCUUCAGAAAGGAAAGCAGGGGAGGUGAACAACGAGGUUCCUUCCUUCUCCACCCCUUACUCUGUUCCUACCAGGUUGCAGGAGGUGGAGAAGUCCUCUUCCCGGGCGGAGCUGGGCUGCAGGACCAAGGACAGCGGCAGGGAGGGCGGUGGGCCCCGGAGCCCGUUCGUGUGGGUCCCCCGCGAAGGAGAGACUGCGGAGAGCACAGAGGACCCCUCGUUUGAGGCACGUCCCCCCACAAACAGAGGUGCUUCUGUACUAUCAACGUGCGUCGAGCCAAAAAUGGCCAGUGACUCCUCUCUGCGUGACUGGCUGAGGAAAUCUGCCGUGGUGGGAAAUGGAUCUGUCAAAGUGCCUGAAGUUGACACUCAAGCAGAAACAGUAGAUGACACUGAGUUUGAUUUCAUCAGUGUCGGAGACCUAGUAAACAGUUAUCCUACGGCAUCUGUUCCAGAGCAUCAGUCAACUCCCAUUGCAUCAACAGCUUUGUCCUCAGGAGGAAAGAUAUCCAUAACUGAGCACUUUGACUGUGCCACUACUGAAGAGGAUGAAGAAAAGUCUCGGGAUGUGGUGAGCAGCAAGAGACCAUCCAGAUCAUCACUGAGUUCAUGGUACAAAGCAGCACAGAUGCUCGAGAGUUCCCCUGAAAGUCCAUUUCUGAACCCAAGGGGAACUGGUUUAAACUUCGUACCUGGGAGAACGAAGGAAGGCAUCCUUGACGCUCGAUUUCUGAGGGAUGAUGAUUACGUGCAGCUUCUGGCAGGGGUGGAACAUAAUUGGCUUGUCCAGAGACUGGCGCCUACUGGAAUUUUUAAGUCUAAACAGCUUCGUAAAACGUACUCUGCUCUUCUUUUGAAAUACUCAAAGAAAUCGGGCCUCUGGACAGGCCAGGAAACCGCUGUUUUCAUUGGGGACUACCUGAACGUGGCAAAGGAAGGCAAACAGAGAAGUGCGUUUUGGGUACACUUCCUGCACCAAGAAGAAAGCCUGGGAAGGUACGUUGGGAAAGAAUACAAAGAAGAAAAAGGACUACUUCAUCAUUUCAGUGACGUGGAACGGCAAAUGACUGCGCAGUACUAUGUGACAGAAUUCAACAAAAGGCUGUAUGAGCAAAAGGUCCCUACCCAAAUCUUUUAUAUCCCGUCUGCAGUACUCCUGAUACUGGAGGACAGAACUAUAAAAGGGUGUGUGAGCGUGGAGCCCUACAUCCUUGGGGAGUUCGUGAAGCUGUCCAAUAACACGAAGGUAGUGAAGAACGAGUACAAAGCCACAGAGUAUGGUCUGGCCUACGGCCAUUUCUCCUACGAGUUCUCCAAUGGAACAGAUGUUGUCGUUGAUCUGCAAGGUUGGGUGACAGGUAACGGGAAAGGCCUCAUCUACCUCACAGACCCCCAGAUUCAUUCCCUUAAUAGCAAAGAUGUUUCACGCUCCAACUUCGGAAAGAAAGGAAUUUAUUACUUCUUUAAUAAUCAACACGUGGAGUGCAAUGAAAUCUGUCGCUGCCUUUCUUUAACAAGACCUUCAGUAGAGCUUCCAAUGUAG